AUGAUUCACGUGGACAGCUUUAAGCGUUCGUCACCGUCACCGUCGCGAUGCUCCGUUCGGAGUGACAGCAGGGUCUUUCGACAGCCACGUGUGAUUCAAGUUAAUCGUGAUGCAGCUACAAUGAUGGACGAAGAAACUGUGGACAGCCCUGGGACCACUGCAGAUGCGGGGUGCGCUUCUGACUUCGAAACUCAUGUUAACCAACAUGGUGCUCAUUUCCGUUCGCGAACAUUCAGCGACGGAUUUAUUAGAAACACUAGUCUCGAGUUAUUACUCGGUGUGGAUUGUGAAGCUUGUUUAGCUCUCGCCUCACAAAGACACUGUAUUAAUGAACCAAUAUCCGAACAAGAUUUCAAUUUGGUAUGCAAUUGUAACGUUCGACAAAAUAAUUACUUGAACUGUUAUCGCGAUUCUAUUAAACAACGUGGCCACACUCUUAAUAUUUAUGACAUAGAAAGGAUCAAAAGAGAUACAGGGCGAAGUAGUCUUGCCAUUGGAUCACAUCGCAGUCUCGAUAGAAAACAUUAUAAAAGCAAAACUAUAGGAGUAUCGAGUUACAUUUCAAAACAAUUUAUUUCAUAUGAUCAAACUAACACACUCGUUCAAAAAAUAAAAAGGAAAUUGUCUAAUUUAAAAAAAAUAAAAGGCGAGUCCGUAACGAAAAAACCUCAGAACUCUCUUCAACUCGCUGAGAUGGCUUCAAGUUCAUCUAACUCAUUAAAAAGAUUGUCGAUGCUAUCUCUUGUAGACAAAUCUCAUAAAAAAAUGGACAGUCAAAGUCGCAUUUUUUCAUCUUCAAGUAUACAAUCGAAAGACGAUUUAAAAAACAAUGUCAAAACUUAUGAGAAUUUUUCCUCAAAUAUUGAUCAAUGUUUUGAUCGACUCCGUAACACAAAUAUCGAUACUUCACAAAAAUUUAAUAAAACAAGAAAUUACGAAAAUAAUGAUGAACUCGUAGCACGAAACUCGCCAUUGAUCAAAUUUUCAACGCUCGAUAAUCGAAGCCGGUGCCGAAGUAUAAGAAGACAGUUGUCAUGUAACGAUUUUCCAAGCGACCGAUACAGAGAUCGCGUAACAGACCCGUGGCCGCAAGACGAAAAUUCUUUCAUGUCGAGAAAUUCACGAAACGAUGUUGUUGAUGAUACACAAUCAUUUAUUGAAGUCGAUAGAGUUGUAAGAAGUAACCCACGAAAUGCUCAUGCCCAGUGUACUUGCAACACUGGCCGUGAAAGCAGAGUUCCAUCGAUUUUCUACGAUACUCAUGGUAAGAAACGCACAACACCGGCACCAGACGUAACGGAUAGAUCUGCAGGCCGCGCUCCGGCCUGUAGCGCCUGCAAACCUUCCCAAUGGCUUCCUACAACUACGACUUCAACAACUAGUCACAGCUCGACUACCACUGCCAACUCGUCACGUUUAUCUGCGUGGCAUCGUCGUUGGUGUUGUGUUGCCAUAUUGGUGUUAGUGGCGGGUACGGCUUGCGUUGCUGGUCCUUUGGCGCUUCGAGCUCCUCCAGGAGCACCUCUUCAUGAACGGCUUCGCCUUGCAGAACGGCUUUUACAUGAUACACCUCUCAUAGACGGACAUAAUGAUCUUCCGUGGAAUAUAAGAAAAUUCUUACACAACAAAAUCAAAGAUUUUAGAUUCGAUGAAGAUCUCCGUACAAUAUCUCCUUGGGCUACGAGCUCUUGGAGUCAUACCGACCUGCCUCGCUUAAAACAAGGUCGAGUUUCUGCGCAGUUUUGGGCCGCAUACGUCCCUUGCGACGCACAACAUCGGGACGCAGUGCAGCUAACCUUCGAACAAAUAGACUUAAUUCAGAGGCUGACCGAUAAAUAUCAUCCACAAUUAACGUUCUGUACAUCAUCUGAGGAUAUAUUGGCGGCUCACGCUAAUCAUCGAUUGUGUUCGCUUGUGGGUGUUGAGGGAGGCCACGCUAUCGGUGGAUCUUUGGGCGUUUUGAGAACCUUGUACCAAGUCGGUGUUAGAUAUCUGACACUAACUUCCACAUGUGAUACGCCAUGGGCAGAGUGUGCUUCAGCCGACAGACCAGAUUCCGUACAAAGAGGAGGAUUGACGCCGUUCGGUAAAGUAGUGAUAAAGGAGAUGAACAGGCUUGGCAUGUUGGUGGAUUUAUCACACGUGUCUGAACGCACGAUGCGCGACGCUCUAUCAGUAUCCCGAGCACCGGUCCUUUUUUCACAUUCUUCAGCACGGGCAAUCUGUAACGUCACUCGCAAUGUUCCUGACAGCGUAUUGCGACUUUUAGCAGCAAAUAAAGGCCUUAUUAUGGUCAAUUUCUACACCUCCUUUCUCACAUGCAAGGACACUGCCACCGUUCAAGACGCAAUUGGACACAUAAAUCAUAUACGUGACAUCGCUGGUGUAGAAAGCGUGGGCUUAGGUGCAGGAUAUGACGGCAUAAAUUACACACCACAAGGCUUAGAAGAUGUAUCUUCGUAUCCUCUCUUAUUUGCCGAGUUAAUGGAGGAUGGUUGGAGCAUAGAAGACCUUAAAAAAUUAGCAGGCCUUAAUCUUCUACGUGUUUUAAAUGCUGCGGAACGUGUGUCUCGGGAGCUGGCCUCCGCGCACGUAGCUCCAUAUGAAGAAGUUGCGCCACGCACUUUUGACGCUCACAACUGCUCCAGCCAAGACAUUUAAUUACAAAAUUCUACUAAAAUUGUGUUCUAAAAAAGAUACAUU